GACAAUUCUGCAGCGCGUGUGGCAGGAGCACGCAUGUCACUGCAUGAAGCCACCAGGACACGUGUCAGGGGACGAAGCCUCCAGGGGACGAUGGCACCAGCACAGGCGUGGAAGGACGAUGCCAGCAGGACACGCGUGGCAGCGAUGAUGCCCACCAGGACACACGUCAGGGGACGAUGCCACCACGCUCGGGGUGACAGUGCCAUCAGGACACACGAGGGGACGCUGCCACCAGGACAUUCGUCAGGGGACGAUGCCACCACAUACGGAGGGGACUGAUGCCACCGGGACACGCGUCAGGGGACAACGCUACCAGGACCUACAGCAGGGGACGCCACCACCGGGACACACAUCGCGACAAAGCCACCAGGACGCGCUGGGUGCCACCCACUCCGGGGACAUGUGACCCCACGGGUGACACCGCCCACGACCCGACCCUUGCCCUGUCCCCAACGGUGCUGCCAUGGCGGUGACCGUGGCGCUCGGUCCCCUGGGCGCGGUGGCCCUGGGCACCCUGCUGCUGUCCCUGCUGCUGCGGUGGCUUUGGGACGCCGUGGUGGCUGUCGCCCGCUUCCGGGCCACUUGUCGCCAGCUGAACAGGUUCCCCCUCCCCCCGUGGCGCAACUGGCUGCUGGGACACACCGGCAUGGCUGGGAGCACAGAGCAGGACCUGCAGGCCGUGGAUGCUCUGGUGGCCCGGUACAGCCCGGGCUGCCUGUGGUGGGGGCUGCCCUGGCUGCCCGUCCUGCGCCUCUUCCACCCCAGCACCCUCCGGCCCCUCCUCAGCGCCUCAGCCUUCGUUGCCCCCAAGGACGAGUUUUCCUACGGCUUCCUCAAGCCCUGGCUGGGUGAGGGGCUGCUGCUGAGCGGGGGGCACAGGUGGGUGCGGCACCGGCGCCUCCUGAACCCGGCGUUCCACGGGGACGUGGUCCGGGGGUACACGGGAAUCUUCAACCAGAGCACCCACGUCCUGCUCGCCAAGUGGGGGGCGGCGACCGCUGAGGGCCCGGUGGGGCUGGAGGUGCUGCAGCCCCUGAGCCUCCUCACCCUGGACACGCUGCAGAAAUGCAUCUUCAGCCACGAGAGCCACUGCCAGGAGAAGCCCAGCGAGUACAUCCAGGCCAUCCUGGAGCUGAGCUCGCUGGUGGUGCGGCGCCAGCUCCGUCCUCUGCUCCACCCGCCGUGGCUCUACCGCCUCUCCGCCGACGGCCGCCGCUUCGCCCGCGCCUGCGCCACCGUCCACGGCUUCACCGCCCGCGUGGUGCAGCGCCGGCGCCGCGCCCUGGCCGGCCUGGGCCACCAGGACCCGCUGGAGGGCCACCAGGACCCACUGGAGGGCCACCAGGACCUGCUGGAGGGCCACCGGGGUCGCAGCCUGGACUUCAUCGACCUCCUGCUGCUUGCUAAGGACGAGGACGGCAACACCCUGUCGGACGAGGACAUCGCGGCCGAGGCCGACACCUUCAUGUUCGAGGGCCACGACACCACGGCCAGCGGCCUGGCCUGGCUCUUCUACAACCUGGCCGGCCACCCCGAGUACCAGGAGCGGUGUCGCCAGGAGGUCCGGGAGCUCCUGGCAGGCCGGGACACCGAGGACAUCGAGUGGGAGGACCUGUCCCGCCUGCCCUUCACCACCAUGUGCAUCAAGGAGAGCCUGCGGCUGCACCCGCCCGUCACCGCCGUGUCCCGGCGCUGCACCCAGGACGUGGCCCUGCGUGACGGUCGUGUCAUCCCCAAGGGGGUCAUGUGCCUGAUGAGCAUCUACGGGACCCACCACAACCCCGAGCUCUGGCCCGACCCUGAGGUCUACAACCCGCUGAGGUUCAGCCCCGAGAACACCAAGGGACGGUCCCCGGGGUCCUUCAUCCCCUUCUCCGCCGGCCCCAGGAACUGCAUCGGGCAGAGCUUCACCAUGGCCGAGAUGAAGGUGGUGACGGCGCUGACGCUGUCGCGGUUCUCGCUCCGGAGGGACCCGGCGCGGCCGCCCCCGCGCCGCAAACCGGAGCUGAUCCUGCGCGCCGAGGACGGGCUGUGGCUGCUGCUGGAGCCGCUGCCCGGCGGCACGGCCUGAGGGACACCCUGGGGACACCGUGGGGACACCGUGGGGACACCCUGCGGGGUGGGUGUCGCGCCGGGGGGGAGCG